AUGUCUGCCCUCCUCUGCCCUCCCAUGAUGCAUCGUCUGUGGUCCAUUCCCGAGCUCGUGUCGGACAUCCUCGAUCAGCUCCCAACAAACCAACAUCUUACGCUUAUGCGCACUUCCCGCACGCUCUUUGAGCAUGCUGUCCCACGCGUAUGGAGGGACGUCGACGUUUCUGCCCUCGUCUGUCUUACUGAAACUAUAUGGGUUUCAAAUGCCUUUGUUCAAGACAGGCAAACGAAGAUGGAGCGCUACAUGACCUACGAGACCCACAUCCGCACCCUUUUGCUGUCCGGCAUUGAUUUGGAACUUAGCUGCACUUUCAUACCGCGGUUCCAUACCUUCCAUACCCCCCCUUCCGGUUACAAGCAUCGCCUUCACCAGAUCGACGAAGGCCGAUGGAACGUGACUCUCGAGGACCUACUGGAUUUGCUUGAAGCUCGGCAUGGAGUAGACAGCGAACUGUGUCCGUUUCCCCGCUUGCGGAAUCUCACCGUCAACGAAGAUGGAAUUCCCUUCGGUGGGGCAAUAAUGUCUCACAUCGUCUCUUGCUGUCUCACCCCGACGUUGUCCUCCCUCGACCUGGAGCAAGAAUGCAGCAUGUGGCUCAUAUGGGACGUUACACUCAAUCAUCUAACAAUCACGCCUGCAUUUCCAAAUCUUACGUCCUAUUCUGAAAAUGCAUGGAGUUACGAGGUGCAAGUCAUCGAGGUCCUGUCCCAAAUCCCGACUCUGAAACAACUCCAGAUCAACUGGAUCAAUGACCCACCACCCCAAUUCUACCUCAAGCACUUAAUGGGCCAGACCAAAUGCUGGAGCCUAGGGAAUCAAGUGAAGGCUUCCAUCUCGAAGGCAAAUCUCCCUCAUGGUGGUAUCCCAGCAAUGGUCACCAGAAGUCAAAUUCCCUGA